AUGGAUCUAGUCUUCUCCGACGCAGAAUUCCACCACGAGAGAGGUUUUCCCGAAACCGAGCGGUUUCUAGAGCCAUUCAGCUCCCCGCUUCGUCCCGAUCUACAGGCGGUGGAUUUAGCCUACUCAACGGGCCAGAGUGCUGAGAUCUGUCUAGCAAUUCCAGGUGGGGCGCGUGACCGUGGUUUCCUUCAACCGGAAUAUCCUGCUCAAUCUGAAAUCUCCACUACCACGAUGUCGUCAAGCUCGGCACUAGAUGUCAGCUCAUCAAUUUCCAUAACCAAUACCACCGCCGGCGCUAUUAUGAGAACAAUGAUGACCAACAGCGGGGAAACGAUAUUCAUUUACAUUAUCCCGGCGCUGCUACAUCUCGCUGGCUACGUAAUCGCAGUUUACAUUUACCGCUUCGCCGAUAAUGAACAUUUGCAGUGUUUAAUUGAAAGGGUUUUCAUCCUGAGCAGCACUCCCCGCCGGCUGGUGGCAACUUUGUGGGUCUACUUCGUCCUUGGGAUGCUGUGGCUGGCCGGCUCCACCGUAUACAUCGGGCUGUUGGCGAAUAAGCAGCAGUCGGCGCUAACCCAUCUCGAAUGGACGGGUGAGCUCAGCCCAACCGGGCAAAAUUGUGUCAGGGGUCUUCUCAGUGUGGCGCUGUUCUUCCACGAUCUGGUCCAGAUGGUCAUUAUCGCCAGCUUCAGUCUCACGUGCUACUUGCUGCGAUGCUACCUGCAAGGGCUGAAGGAAAAACUACUGCUGCACACUAUCGAACCACUCAACUGGAUGCGGGAAAUUUGCGAGUUCCGCAAACUAUUACACCACUUGAAUGGAAAAAUUGCAGCUCCCGUAGCGUGUCUGACGCUGCUGAAUAUUAGCUACACAUUCUCCAGCAUCGCUCAUCUUUUCCAGGAUAUAAAUACCUGCCCAAUUGGUGUGUUUAGUUUCACAGCUGCCAACUUACUGCUGUGGAUGUUCAUCUCGCUGACUCCAUUUUUUCAGGCAGCAUCGCUUACGGUUGCGUGCCGUCGUACACAAACCUGCGGUCACCUAAUCAGCAUUCGUCCCUUCGUCCAUCGGAACACUUCGUCGGAAGAUUUAAACACUGUUCUACUGUACGCCUCAUCGCUGCAAAUGUCGGCGAAACUGUUUCGCAUGCCAAUUAGUGCCCACUAUUUGUGCUUUUUCGUGUUCGUUUGUGUUAUCAUCAUUCUCACGUUCGGGAUGUGUCUAAGGCUCACAAUCGGUGGUGUUUGAUUCAGCAAUUGUGGCGGCCACCCACGCUAUCAGGAAGUGGCAGAUGUCGAAAGAAAAAUUUGCUACAGGGCUCGAGGCAGGAAGUAAACAGCGGACAAAUAAAAGUUACCAAUUUCGUCUGAUGUUGGUGAACGGAAAACCUCGAAAACCAUUUCAAAUUUUGUUACAGCGGGCACAGUUUGGUUUUCGAUUUCGACAGUGCAAAUAUUGGGAUUGGAAAAAUUGUGCAAAUAAACACUACAGCUUACUUGGAGCGGAAUGGGCAGAUUCGAUUGCGUGAAGUAAUGGGUCGGGGGAAUAGCAAACCGCCCAUCAGGAACAAACAAACGAACUUAUUGAUUCGUUUAUAGAUAUGUAUACUUGAUUAUAUGUUUUUAUGUACAGCUGAAAGUAAUUAAACAGUUGUAAAUUUUGGGUAACUCAACAACAAUGGGGACGUGUGUAAACUCGUUAAUCACAUUCGUCGCACUGUUGUGACAUAAUUAUUAAUUAUAGGUAUACUAUUAUUUUGAAUAAACAUAUCGGUGCAACAAA